AUGGCCCUCUCCCGGGCCUAUAGAUCCGGCUCCCCGCGUCUGCUGCGCAAGCCUCCCGCCAUCUCCGGCAUCGUGCUGCUGGCCUAUCUGGCCGUGUUCUGUCUCCUCUGCAGCGUGGCCAAGUACUGCCUGGCCUCCUUCCUGGCCUCGCUCCGCCACUACCACCCCGCCCGCCCGCAACGCGAGCUCGUCGUCGCCGCCAUGUCCAGCGACAACACCUCCUGGCUGCACGAGUAUCUGCCCGACUGGGGGCGGAAGGUAUACGUGGUUGACGACCCCGAUGCUCCCCUGACCGUGCCGAGCAACAAGGGCAGGGAGGCCAUGGUCUACCUGACCUACAUCAUCGACCACUACGACCGCCUCCCCGCCCACAUGGUCUUCAUCCACCCCCAGCGCUACCAGUGGCACAACGACGACCCGCUCUACGACAACGUCCCCCUCCUCAGGAACCUCCGGCUGCCCUUCCUGGCCCAGCAGGGCUACCUCAACCUCCGCUGCGUCUGGCUGCUUGGCUGCCCCGUCGAGAUCCGCCCCUUCACCGACAUCCACCGCACGGACGUGCACGCCGGCGCUGCCUUCAAGGCCGGCUUCGAGGCCCUGUUCCCGGGCUCCCCCGUGCCCAGGGAGGUCGGCGUGUCCUGCUGCGCCCAGUUCGCCGUCACCGCCGCUCAGGUACGCAAGCGCCCGAGGUCGGAGUACGAGCAUUUCCGCCGCUGGCUUCUCAGCACCCCGCUGCCGGACGAGCUGAGCGGGCGCAUCUUCGAGUAUUCGUGGCAUAUGAUCUUCGGCCGCGACCCCGUCCACUGCCCCACUGCGAGUGAGUGCUACUGCAAGCAGUACGGAUACUGCAAUCUUUCGUGCAGGAACAUAGGCACCUGCGACGGCCGCUACACCAUGCCCCCGUUCGCCUCCCUGCCGCGCGGCUGGCCCGAUUUCGGCUGGGAUGGGAAGCCGCGGCAUCCUGGUGAUCCGAUUCCCGCGCGAGAGCCCCCAAAGCAUUUGCAGCAGCCAGUGAGGACGCACCAGCGGCAGCAGCAGCAGCAGCAGCAUCCACAGCAGAAGCGGCAGCGAGCACAGCAGCCCGCGACUGAAUAA